UCGAGCGGAAACAACGUUCUGCUUCCUCGUGUGUGACAGGUUUGUUCGACUUCUGUUAGCAGAUUUAGUUUUCCUGAGUCUUAGAGAUUGUUUUUAGCGUUACAGUUUAAACGAUGAGCUCCCGAUCUUUGCACCGGCUGUCACAUAUAUAAAGGUCCUUCUACACUAUGUCCUCGCAUGAUGAUGGGGCUGCAGAAAAGCCUUCUAACACAAUGAAUAAACCCCCCUUCUCCACUGAGAGUGAUGCCACCAGUGGAACCAUCAUUACUGUCACCUUAGGAGCAACUGUGCCCACUGGGUUUGAGCACACUGCUGCAGAGGAGGUCAAAGAGAAGAUUGGAGUUGAUGCACGAAUCAGUAAAGAUCGUGGUCGUAUAUAUUUCCCAAUUACUACUGACAGACUUUUUCAGGUUCAUCUUCUGCGCUCUGUUGACAAUCUGUUCGUUGUGGUUGAGGAAUAUGAUCAUUACCAGUUCAAAGAAUCAAAGGAGGAGACGUUGAUGGAGUUGCAACAGCUUGCUUCCACACUUCCCUGGACUAAUGCACUUGAGGUCUGGAAACUAAACAGAACCCUUAAAAAGAGGAAAGGCCACCGGAGAGGAGGAAACACCAAUAAAGAGAAACCUAAUGAUGAGGCCAGUGAUGUGGCUGAUGCUGAUACUGAUCAGCUAAAGGAAACUCGGGAGUUGUCUGCAACUGAAGGCGACUUGAAGGCGGAGAACACGCCUGACUCAGAAGAGGCUCCACCUGAGGCCAAACUCAUCAAGUUUCGUGUGACAUGUAGCAGGGCUGGUAACAACCACAGCUUCUCUUCUAAUGAAGCAGCCAGAGACUUUGGUGGGGCUGUACAGGAAUUCUUCCAGUGGAAAGCAGACAUGACAAAGUUUGACAUAGAGGUGUUACUUAACAUACACAAUGAAGAGGUGGUCAUUGGUAUUGCUCUCACUGAAGAGAGUCUUCACAGAAGAAACAUUAGUCACUUUGGACCCACUACUCUGCGCUCUACGUUGUGCUAUGGGAUGCUCAGGCUGUGUAACCCUCAGGUGUCUGAUAUUAUACUUGAUCCUAUGUGUGGGACUGGAGCAAUACCACUGGAGGGUGCCAUAGAAUUUAAUAAUUCUUUCUACAUUGCCGGAGACAACAAUGACAUGGCAGUUAACCGCACGGUUAAUAACGUAUAUCACAUCCAGAAAAGGAGGGCAGACAAGGGCAGCACAUCUGGAUUGCCUAUCGACACAGUGCAGUGGGAUCUGUGCCAUUUGCCCAUAAGGACCAGCUCUGUUGACAUUAUCAUCACUGACAUGCCCUUUGGGAAGAGAAUGGGCUCUAGGAAGAAAAACUGGGACCUGUACCCCUCUUGCUUGAGAGAAAUGGCUCGUGUGUGCAGACCAGGCUCAGGGAAGGCUGUCCUGUUAACCCAGGACAAGAAAUGUUUUGCCAAGGCAAUUUCAAGGAUGGGAGGUCUGUGGAGGAAGCUGCACACUGUUUGGGUUAACGUUGGGGGUUUACAUGCUGGAGUCUACCUCCUCAAGCGGACCGCAGCAGUGUUUGGCCAAACUCCUGAGGAUGUCCAUGAAUCACGAGGAAUGGCUGAUACACAGAGGGAUGAGAAAGAUGACAAGGAACUUGCUUAAUUAUUUUCCUUUGUUUAGGUUCUGGCUUUAUUUAUAUUGGUUUAACCGGUUUUCAUUGGGGGUUUUUUAGCAGAGGUUUUCUGUUCAAACAUGCCAAGUAUUGUUUUAUUCUGUAAUUUACAACGUGUUGUAAUUUUUAGUUAAAUUGUUUUGACACUGUUUGACUCAAGUACUUCAUUUGUCAUGUUAAUCCCUAAAAGCUGCUUCAUCGCACCCUUCAGAUUUAUUGUGUUCAUUCUACAGGAACUGAAGAUUUCCAUUUCAUUAAUAAAGAUUCAGUAACAAUUCUA